AUGCCGCACCGCCGCCGCCUCCACGCGCUCGCGCCACCGCUGCCCCCGGCCCACACCGCCUUCGACCUCGCCGACCCCGACGCGCGGCUGCCGCUCCUCGCCGACUACGCGCGCCUCAAACCCGUCGACGUCCCCGCCGCGCCGCCGUCCACGCACUGGAGCGCCGGGAGCAGCGCCUUCACCAGCAGCAGCACCGAGCCAGCGACCGCCUCCACCGCCACGGCCACGGUCUCCUCGCAGGCGCCGCCUUCGACUGCGGGCGGUGGCGGCGGGAGGGAUGACACGUGGGUCCAACGCUCCAGGGAGAGCUACUACCUGCAGCUGUCCUUCGCCGUCCGCAUCACCUCCGAGGCCUUCCUCGCCGGCGUCCCGCCUGAGCUCCUCCUACACCGCCUCGGCCCCAGCGAAGAACAGCCGGAACAGCCCGCCGAUGCCGCCGCCGUCUCCUACCGGCUCUGGGUGAACGGGUGCCUGCCGUGGGGCGACAAGAUCGCGCACGGGUUCUACAACAUCAUGGGGAUCGACCCGCACCUGUGGGCGAUGUGCAACGCCGACGAGGACGAAGGCCGCCGGCUGCCCACGCUGGCCGCGCUGCGGGAGGUGGACGCUAGCGACCAGUCGUCGCUGGAGGUGCUGCUCGUCGACAAGUGCGGCGACUCCGUGCUCGUCGACCUCGAGCGACGCGCGCUCGACCUCCACCGAGCCCUCGGCUCCACGCUCGACUUCGUCCGCCGUCUCGCCGUCCUCGUCUCCGACCAGAUGGGGGGUGCACUGAGGUCGGAGGACGGGGACCUGUACAUGCGGUGGAAGGCGGUCAGUAAGCGGCUGAGGAAGCAGCAGAAGAGCGUCGUCGUCCCCAUCGGCCGCCUUUCCAUCGGCUUCUGCAGGCACCGUGCUAUUCUGUUCAAGGAGCUGGCAGAUUUCGUCGGCCUGCCAUGCCGGAUUGCGCAAGGCUGCAAGUACUGCUCCGCGCCUCACCGAUCAUCAUGCCUCGUCAAAAUCGACGAGAGAAGAUAUACCAGGGAGUACGUCGUGGACCUCGUCGUUGUGCCAGGGAGCAUCUCCAAUCCAGACUCCUCCAUCAACGGGCAGCUGCUCUCCUCUGUGUCUUCGCCUUUCAAGACUUCUUGCACAGCAGGUUUGGCAAACUAUAUCACACCGGUCGCAACAAGGAAUCGUCCGGUAGAUGAUGAUCAUUGCAAUUCGAUAUUCUCAAAUUCCCAGUAUUCAGUUGCAGGGGACAAGAACUCUAUUCAAGCAGCCGCCGUGGAAGGUGCGGUCUCGAAAUGCGGCCAGGUCAUGCAGAAUGACAACUGCAACAACAUGUCAGUGUUUCAAGUAUCAAAGCAGUUGAAGGCGAUGGAGGUCGGUGCCGAGAUACUAGUCAAUAAGGAGAACAUCCCUGGUGUUGCAAUCCCGAAACGCCUGAUCGUUGAGCCCUCUUUCGCCAUGGAUUGGCUUGAGAUAUCAUGGGAUGAGCUUGACCUCAAGGAACGCGUAGGCGCUGGUUCAUUUGGUACCGUUUAUCGAGCUGACUGGCACGGUUCUGAUGUUGCAGUCAAAGUGCUUACAGACCAGGAUGUUGGCGAAGCUCAGCUUAAGGAAUUCCUGAGAGAGAUCUCUAUCAUGAAACGAGUUCGCCAUCCAAAUGUGGUAUUGUUCAUGGGUGCAGUGACAAAAUGCCCACAUUUGUCGAUAGUAACCGAGUAUUUGCCUCGAGGGAGCCUCUUCCGUCUCAUCAACAAAGCGGCUAGUGGAGAAUUGCUCGAUCUACGGCGUCGCUUGCGCAUGGCAUUAGAUGUUGCAAAAGGUAUCAACUAUCUCCACUGCCUGAACCCUCCUAUUGUACAUUGGGAUCUGAAGACACCAAACAUGCUGGUGGAUAAGAACUGGUCCGUGAAGGUAGGUGACUUUGGCUUGUCCAGAUUCAAGGCUACCACCUUCAUAUCGUCCAAAUCAGUCGCUGGAACACCAGAAUGGAUGGCGCCAGAGUUUCUCCGUGGCGAACCAUCCAACGAGAAAUGUGAUGUGUACAGUUUCGGUGUGAUCUUAUGGGAGCUCCUGACAAUGCAGCAACCAUGGAGCGGCCUAGGCCCCGCACAAGUAGUAGGAGCAGUUGCAUUCCAAAACAGAAGGCUCCCUAUCCCACAAGAUACCAUUCCAGAACUAGCUGCUCUUGUUGAAUCCUGUUGGACUGAUGAUCCAAGGCAGCGCCCUCCAUUUUCGAGCAUUGUGGAUACCCUGAAGAAGAUACUCAAGUCAAUGAUCGGAACCGGUUCAUGAAGAGUCCCGCAGAUUCUUGGCUGACCCUUUUUUUUUUGUUCACUUCGUUCUAUGGGUUGAUGCUAAUCCACGGCAAGGAAAUGGCAAGGAAUAAGACAGUUGGUUCACUCAAGGCAUAUAGGCCUCGACACAGCCCACAUCUGUUUCCUUCUCCCUUCUCAUGCAGAAACAAAUAAAAUCAAUUGUUUUGUUGCUCCUCUGUUGCCCAACAUGCCCUAUGUACAGUGAUUUUUGCUACUAACUGAAAUUCUCAUGGCUGGG